AUGCCCGCGUUGCCCGGGACCUCGCUCUCAGCGCAAACCACCAAGAAAGUGCCCCUAGAAGCUCACAUUAUGAGCAAAUGUCCAGACGCACGUGACUGUCUGCAGCAGCUUGUCGUGCCUGCGAUGGAGCAAAUCAGCGACAAGGUCGAUUUCAAAUUGUCAUUUAUUGCUGAUGUGUCAAACAAAUCCUCGGAAAUUCAAUGCAAGCACGGCCCCACCGAAUGUAUAGGAGAUAUGCUUCUUCUCUGUGCUGCAAAUCUUCCUUUCCCUCCUCAGGGAGUCGAAAGCGCUGUUGGUCCAAUGACUGCGCGUACCCCGACAAUUCGGUCCCUUGGCUUUGCAAACUGUCUUGUUGGGUCGUACUCCCAAAUCCCGGAACGCCAUCACGUCGAGCAGUGCGCAUUGGAGCAUGGCAUAGACUUUAGUGCCUUGAACGCAUGUGCUAGUCAGGAAAUCGAUGAUCCCGACUACGGCGGCGACAGUGCGCCGCUCAGCGGCAUGGCUCUGCUACGCGAGAGCGCCAUCCAUAGUGCGAAGCUUGGCGUCAAGACAAGCUGCACGCUCCGACUCGAUGAGUCCGUCUGGUGUGUCCGCGAUGGCGGCGUUUGGAAAGAUUGCGCAAAGAAUGGACAGGGCAGCCAAGUAUCGGUGCUGGUGGAUGAAGUCAAGCGACUAUGGAACCGUAUCAAUUGA